AUGCAGACACCCAAGCCCUUCAUUCUCUUCUUCAGUCCAGUCAGGCACGCCAAGGCAGCAUUCGAACAGCUGCACGAGGUUGCGAGAGUCGGCGUAGUCACCAGCACUAACAGGCAAGAAUUCUUCAAAGAUGUUCAAGAUAAAUAUAAGGACAUUCAGGUGAUUUACAGAACAUCAGCAAGCGGUGCCGUCGCGGGGAACUUUGACGUCGAAUUCAUUCAACAUCUUCCAUCAAGCUGCAAGUUUAUCUGCCACAACGGAGCAGGAUACGAUCAAAUUGACGUCAAGGCUUGCGCAGAUCGAGGAAUCACCCUCACCUACGCGCCUGACCCGGUCACCAAUGCCACAGCCGACUUGGCUCUCUGGCUACUACUUGGAUCGUUAAGACAGCUCAACCCAUCACUUGGUUCUUUGCGCCGGGGAAACUUCAAGAAGGGCAUUGAUUUCGGCCGCGAUCCACAGGGCAAGGUUCUCGGUGUCUUAGGAAUGGGUCGAAUUGGCCGUGCCCUCAAACACCGAUGCGAACCACUUGGUAUCAUCACGCAGUACCAUAAUCGCUCAGAACUGCUUCCUCAGCAAGCAGCCGGCGCAAGAUAUGUAUCCUUCGAACAGCUCAUUUCCGAGAGUGAUAUAAUCAGCAUCCAUGUUCCACUCAGCACUGCGACAAGGCAUCUUAUAGGUGCCCAAGAGAUAAGAUGA